AGGGGCGGGCGGGCCUUUCCCAACAGCCAACAUCAUCUUGUUUUCUCUUGGGUGUCCAGAAGGAUUUGUAUUGUUUGGUCUUGCUACAGAGGUUUCAACUGUAAUGCCUAUUUUUGCCAAGUAGCUAUUCUGACUUUUUUCUAGUUUACUUGCAUCUUACAAUGAAGUAAACCUAGCCAGAACAGAAUAACUUUUUUUUUAACAGCUUACCUGCCUAUUUUUUUAUAUUUACAGUAGAGUACUGUGUCCUAUCCCCAAGUGACGUGGUUUUCAGACAUGUGUCUGUCUUUCAGGCUGAUCCAGUUCUCAGGAUUUGCCUCCAAGGACCUGUCUCGCCCACGCAGCAGUCAGAAUCCAACGCCACAUAUUAUCUGUAGCAGCAGCAGCAGCUCAGAAUGACCUACUAAAGUGCAGGUCUGACUGUUAGUUGAAGGCAGGUUAGACUGGAAGUAAUCCCUCUGAGGCAGGUUUUUUUUUAAACUUGUGACACACUUCCAGUGGAGCUGUUCUUUGAAUGGUUGGAAAUUGUAACACACAGUGUAGGGAUAUUAUGAUUGGCCGGUUUUACAAUAACCACGGUUUCAUAACGUCAGAGUUUCAUAACCGUGAGUAUUGUCAAAACUAUGAUGGUGUCCUGCCUCUCGCGAGUCACGUUGUUUGUGCAUGCUGUGCGCUUGUUUGUGUGAGACAAUUAACAAACAUUAGUUGAAAAGAGGGGACUGACAUAACAGCCUUAUUUCCACCAAAGCUCGCCAAAAAACUCCAUCAAAGGCAGUCACAGCGAGAUGAGAAAUCCUUGUUUACUUUCAGUUUCUGACCAGCGUCUGCCUUGCGACUUAUGACUCUUCCAUUAACCAUUAUAAAUGCAGCCAAGAGUUAAAUUCACCUAUAGAGGUAAUAGUAUAGGACACAAAGAAUGUGUGCUUGAACCUUCACAGUAAAAGUACCGAACAGAAACACUGCUUAAGAUCGAAAACACAAAUUCGCCUACAAACCUUCCACAAUAUGGCCACUAAAUAAAAUGGCUUGCAUAGAUUACUUGUAAAUAGACAAAACUUGAACAAGGAAAAGUAACUGGAUAUAGUGGACGAUAAUAAUAGUUCAGUUCACAAUGUUUAUUAUUAGAUAUAUUUUGCUUGUCUCUUUUCUUCCCUAGUAACAAUAAUCGUGAUAUUUCCUCUUACGAUAAUCAUGGCACCAAAAUUUCAUAUCAUGACCUAACAGUUAAAAUAGAUGGUAAAGUGUCACCUGUAGACCAGACGUUGCACUGCUUUGUGAUAUAUUUUGUUCUUUGAUUUGCCUAGUUUUUCCUUUUGAUAAUCUGAGUGGGAACAGUGUUGAGGUAGUUCAUCUGGAGUUUUGGUCAUGUUUCUGUUGUCACGCAUAUUUUUGUCUUUUUGACUUCUAUGUUUCUGAAAGACAUAGAUGCUCACAUCACCCUGUACCUGCCUGAUUCACAUCCCGGCCAUUGUAUCUUAUCUAAUGCUCUCCCAGUGACGAAUGCCAUUUAUCCAUUGUCCUAGACAACACAUACUGUAACACACAAUCUGUUUCGUUGCACAGAUUUCAGUGGAGAAGAAUCACCUUCCAUCCUAAUGUCUGUAGAUCAAUUAACAAUGCAACAUAGUGGAAUGGGUUGAGGAAAAACAACCAGUGGUCUUAUGAAGGAACUACAUGAACGACAGCCUGAGGACAAACGUAUUUGUGAGGUUCCAAGCUGAGACGAUUGCCUGUGCUUGCAUAUUCCUCGCUGCCCGUGCCCUGCAGAUACCUUUGCCAUCCAGACCUCAUUGGUUCCUACUGUUUGGUGCCAGUGAAGAGGAGAUUAAAGACAUCUGCAUCACCACCCUGAAACUGUACACCAGGAAGAAGCCUAACUAUGACCACCUGGACAAGGAGGUGGAGAGAAGGAAGAUGUUUUUAUCAGAAGCUAAGCUGAAGGCCAAAGGCCUGAAUCCUGAUGGAACCCCCGCACUGUCCACAAUGGGCGGCUUCUCCCCGGCGUCCAAACCCUGCUCUCCAAAUGUGGUCAAGGUAGAAGAGAAGACCCCCAAUCCCCAGACUCUCAAACCAGUUAAGAAAGAGACAGAAAACCGGGCCCAGACCAACAAGAGUCCACACAAUGGGUUAAGGAAAGACCUGAAGAUCGGGAGGAACAGCAGGAGCGGAAGUCGUUCUCGUUCAAGAACGCGCUCCCGGUCCAGAUCCAGAUCCCCUCGCAGACAUUACAACAGCAGACGCAGUCGCUCAGGUACCUACAGUUCUCGAUCACGUUCUCGCUCUCACAGCCGAAGUCCUUCGCCUCGGCGGCACCCGCCCUCGCCCCUUCUCCCCCACCUCAAGACCAAGGCUAGUCACCACAGCAAUAGCGACUCCAAGCCUAGCGGACGCCAUAGCAACAGUGGUGGAUCCGGCCACAAGAGGAAGCGCACGCGUUCUCGGUCAAGGACCCGCUCGCCUGUCAAGGCGGACAGGGAACGGGACAGAGAGAGGGAACGGGAGAGGGACAGAGACCGCAGCUCGUUUGACCUCUCUACAAAAAAACACAAACAUGAGCGAGGAGGUCACAGAGCAGAACGGAGGGAGAGGGAGAGGUCUCGUUCCUAUGACAGGGAAAGAGAGAGGGAGCGUAGCCACAAGGGCAAACACCACAGCAGUAGUGGACACUCAGGACAUGGUCGUCAUCGGCGCUGAGACACACACAUAAACACACACUCCCAUCAGACUAGCUCUGGGGCGGAUAGUCCCUCAAGUGUUUUCAGUUUCCUCAAAAAACAAAAUUAGAUCCUGCAAGUUCUCUGAAUACUGAUGAAUCCAAUUAACUGUCGGGUAAUAACCAGUGUGACUCUGAUCAUUUAAUGAAGACUAAUCUGGAAAGAUCUUAAAAAGUUACACUACAGCUAAUAUGGAAGUAAACCAAAAUCAUGUCAGAAGGCUCGGUCACUAAGAACCAAUCAGAAACAGUCAAUGCCAAACAACACACUCAGGCAGGUCUGAUUUCAUUUUGUGUAUAACAUCACCCCAACACCAGCAGCGUUGUGUUUCUGGGUUCCUCACAUGCAUCCUGAAACAGUUAAACCAUUUAAUUUGUAGGAUGUAGAUUUUCUCAAACCUGGCUUCAGCCAAACAACGCAUAAACUGACUCCUACACACAGCUUCCGUAUGCACACACGUCUUUGUGAUGGAACAUUUAUCACUUUGACUCUUGCUGACACAGCAGCGGUCUGUAGCUGAUACUUAGCCGAGGUUGUGUUGGUGUAGAGUGAAGUUAUGCAUCAGACGAACCUGCUGCUGUAGUAAGUACCAGCAUGGACUGUCUGUAGGUGUCCCAUUCUAGAGCCUUUUUCUUUUUUUUUUUUAUUCCACCUGGUUGAUUGUGAUUGGUGAUCGAGUAGAGGAUCAGUCGAGGACCUGUAGGUUUUAAUUUGUAUUUUCCCAUCAUGCCCGCCUCCACACAUACACACCUCGAGCAUCCCUCUAGCCUACCCAUAUGUCUUUGGUUUUACGUGUAAAGUUACGGACUCUGGGGAGAGGAGACUUAUUUACAGUGUAAAGAUGGAUUGAUGAUCCGCUGGCAAAAUGUGAACGCUUUGAUUUAUAAAAGCAAAACUUUGCCGUGGAAGGAUUGAAUGAAUAAUGUAAAAUACCAGUGAUCAUUCAGGAAAGAUCAUUAUGUUUGCACAUAAAGGGACUGGCAGGAGAGUUUUAGUUUACUUUUGCUUUGUUUUCUUUUUGGACAGGUGCAUGUUGAUAAAGCUGUUGUACAGUUUCAGAAAAAGCAAACUGGGUCUAAACUUCAAUUUAAUUGUCUUUUUUUUUCAGAAGGGGAUGCAGACUUGAUUUCAUAAAAUUUUAGGGUUGUCAAUUUGUUACACUGGUUUUUAGUCUGCACGUGUUCAUGUCCAAUUUUUAUUCAAUAAAUGAGUUAUGCCACUGA